AUGGUAGAAAACGAAAAAGACCGCCUCUCAGUAACCGCUAAAAACUGCAGCGUGACUUCCAAGCGCCUGCCAGCAACAUACAUCGACUCAUACAUCAAGAACCCCGGCGUCGCGCGGACAAAUGUCGUCGUCGGCGACGAGUCGAAGACGUCGAUGAAGGAUUUCCACGAUUUUACACCCAUGCAACAGCACAUCCUCUUCUGGGACCGCGACCGGGACGGCCAGAUCUAUCCGUACGACACCUACACGGGUUUCCGGGACCUCGGGUUCAACAUGCUCUUUUCCUUCCUCGCGGUAUUGAUCAUCAACCUCAACUUCUCGUACCCGACACGGCUGGCACACUCCAUUGUCCCAGACCCGCGGUUCCGCGUGUACGUCGAUAGCAUCUACAAGGCGAAGCACGGGUCUGAUAGCGGGGCGUUUGAUGCGGAGGGACGGUUUGUGCCGCAGGCGUUUGAGGAUAUGUUUUCGAAGUAUGAUCGCGAUCAUGAUGGGGCGUUGACCUUUCGCGAGUUGUUUGAUAUGAUGCAUGGGAAUCGGUGUGCGGCGGAUCCCUUCGGAUGGGGAGCUGCAUUCUUUGAGUGGGUGACGACGUGGCUACUUAUCCAGAAGGACGGGAAGAUAUACAAGGAUGAUUUGCAGGGCGUAUAUGAUGGCUCCCUGUUCUGGAAGAUCAAGGAGGCAAGGGAUUCCGGUGAGGGGUGGUCGCAAGGAUUCGGACUCGGCGGCGACGGUUUCGUCGGAGGUACCAAGAUUGCUUGA